UUUAAUAUAAAUGAUUCGCUUAAACAUAAAAGACUGGCUUUUAUUUUGUUAGUCAACCCAUCAGCUCUUCCGCUGCGACGUGUUAGUCUGACGCCGUUAUAAAUAGGGCAGGUCAUCCUCUUUGACUGAAAGUGUGGUCUUUGCGAAGCCGCUGUCUUUUAGAUUCAGCGAGAGUUUGCCUUUUCAAAACAGCAAACAUGGUCCGUGAAGUGGCUGAUCUUGCAGAAUUCAAGAAAAUUCUGGAAGACGCUGGAGACAAGCUGGUGGUUGUGGACUUUACUGCAUCAUGGUGUGGGCCCUGCAAACAGAUUGCCCCCUUGUACAAGCAAAUGUCGGAAAGCGAUGACAACAAGAAUGUGGUUUUCCUGAAGGUGGAUGUGGACGAGGCUGAUGAUAUCAGCAGUUUCUGUGAAAUUAAAUGCAUGCCUACAUUCCACUUCUACAAGGGGGGCAAAAAGGUGGAUGAGUUCUCUGGUGCCAACGUUGCAACCCUGGAGGAAAAGCUGAAAGCACUGAGAUAGGAGUAGAAGUCAGACUGACCAGAGCAGAAAAUAAAACGCAUAACUGAUAAAGUCUUCACCUCAUAACACACCCAAAGAAAGAAUUGCAGCUAAGCGUCAUGUUUAACUGCUAUCAAGUUUUGUUUUUUUCCCCAAUGUUGGCACUAACUUGUCAUCUAUCCUGAGUUGAACAGUUUGUGUACUGCAUUUACUUCAGUCCAGGUUUUAUUUUUUUAUUUUUUUUUUCUACUCUAACCAUUUAUGAAGUUUGAGUAAUCCAUGUUACCUCUGUAUGGAUUUAAUAAAUGAAUCAAACCCUAAA